GGUUUUGCAACGUCGACCUAGUUGCAUACAAUAGAGUAAAACAUGGCAAAUACAAAUAUAUCAACAAACUGCAAUGCGACGUACACAAAACAAAAGAAAUACAAUCAAAAAAGUACACCCGUUUCAGAACCAGUAUAGAACACAGCUUUGAGUGAUUUGAAAAUUUUAAUUUUGUUCUAUAGAACGUAUAUAAAAUACAGACAAGCGCAAUAUUUGGACAAAGUAUCAUAAGACAAUGUAGUUAGAUAAUUACAACAGUUUGAACGCGAGUUUUUUAAUACAGUACAUCAUGUCAGAACAGAUUUAAACAGGAUUACCGGCGACAGUUAACUGCUGGUGUUUUUUUUCAUCGUGGAUGAAUAUUGCGUAUUAAGAAUACAUUUAAGGUUCGAAAAAGAUAACCAGACUAUAUCCUUCUUUUCUUAUAUAAGUGUCGGUCACGAGACCUCGAAGUGCUCGGUAGCCUCCGCCACACACUACACGUGGACGUCCUGAAUAUCUUUAAAUGUGUUAUGUAUGUCCAUAUGAAUGCGCCAGGCCUCGCUGGAUCACCUGGGCGGGUGGGAGGCGUGGCCUGUGGGACUCGCGUAAAUGACGUCACCGACGUCUAGCGGCCAGUCAAACAAACAUGGCGAGAGAAUGGAGAGGCCAGCAGGGUUACAUCGUCACUGUCCUCCUCUUCCUGUGCAGCGCGGACGGAGCUCGCUCGGAGGCGGCGGCCGGCGGGGGGCGAGCCGGCGACGGCGGGGGAGGAGGAGGCGGCGGCGGUGGAGGUGGCGGCACGCAGGUGCUCGGGAUGCGGCUGGAGACGAGCGACAAGCCGGCCAGCACCGGUGACGACGGCGUCCUGCAGGUGACCGAGGACAGCACUGUGCAGCUCCGCUUUUACGGCCUGAGGCUGCACCCCGGCGCCUGGACGCUCAUUCGCUUCACGGAGCUUUCCGCGGGCGGGGAGGAGGAUGCAGGUGACAGCGGUAUCUGCUCAGAUUUCACGAAGGACAUCGCGGUCGGGACCUUCAUGAACGUGAGCGGCCGGGGGACGUCGGGGCUGCUGCGCGUGCACGUCAAGCCGCUGCGCAAGAGCGAGCCAAGCAGCGAGUACGCGCUGUGCACGCGCAUCGACGACCGGGAGGACGACGACGACGUUGGCGACCACCGCCGCGGCGGACGUUGGCGGCUGCUGGGCGACCACGACGGGCACCUGCUGGUCGUGGAGGAGAAGAAAUCGCUGCUGCCUCUGUGGCUGCAGGUGAUCCUGAUCUCGUGCCUGCUGGUGUUGUCGGGCAUGUUCAGCGGUCUCAACCUGGGCCUGAUGGCGCUGGACCCCAUGGAGCUGCGCAUCGUGCAGAGCUGCGGCACGGAAAAGGAGAAGAAAUACGCGCGCAAGAUCGAGCCCAUCCGCAGCAAGGGCAACUACCUGCUGUGCUCGCUGCUGCUGGGCAACGUGCUGGUCAACACCACGCUCACCAUCCUGCUGGACGACUUAAUCGGCUCGGGCCUGGGCGCCGUGGUGGCCUCCACCGUGGGCAUCGUCAUCUUCGGCGAGAUCGUGCCGCAGGCGCUGUGCUCGCGCCACGGGUUGGCGGUGGGCGCCAACACCAUCGCCGUGACAAAGUUCUUCAUGCUGCUCACCUUCCCGCUCAGCUUCCCCGUCAGCAAGCUGCUGGAUGUGCUUCUGGGCCAGGAGAUCGGCACCGUGUACAACCGCGAGAAGCUGGUGGAGAUGCUCAAGGUGACCGAGCCCUACAACGAUUUGGUCAAGGAGGAGCUUAACAUGAUCCAGGGGGCGCUGGAGCUGCGCACCAAGACGGUGGAGGAUGUCUUGACGCCGCUGGCCGACUGCUUUAUGAUCCAGGCGGACGCCGUGCUGGACUUCGACACCAUGUCCGAGAUCAUGGAGAGCGGCUACACGCGCAUCCCCGUCUACGACGACGAGCGCUGCAACAUCGUGGACAUCCUCUACGUCAAGGACCUGGCCUUCGUCGACCCGGACGACUGCACCACGCUCAAGACCGUCACCAAGUUCUACAACCAUCCCGUUCACUUCGUCUUCCACGACACCAAACUCGACACCAUGCUGGAGGAGUUCAAGAAAGGUAAAUCCCACCUGGCCAUAGUGCAGAAGGUGAACAACGAGGGCGAGGGCGACCCCUUCUACGAGGUCCUGGGAUUGGUCACCCUGGAGGACGUCAUCGAGGAAAUCAUCAAGUCGGAAAUCCUAGACGAGUCGGACCGCUACACUGACAACCGCAACAAGAAGCGAGUGGACGCCAACAAGAACAAACGAGACUUCUCGGCGUUCAAGCAUGACGGCGACGCCAAGACAAAGAUCUCGCCGCAGCUCAUGCUGGCCGCGCAUCGCUUCCUGGCCACAGAGGUGAGCCUGUUCGGUGGCUUCCAUGUCACCGAGAAGGUCCUGCUGAGGAUCUUGAGGCAUCCCGACGUCGUGCAGGAGCUGAAAUUCGACGACAACGACAAACGCGCCCCGCAGCACUUCCUCUACCAGCGUGGCAAGGCUGUGGACUACUUUGUGCUUAUUCUACAGGGUCGAGUUGAGGUGGAGGCGGGAAACGAGAAUAUGAAGUUUGAGACGGGCCCCUUCUCCUACUACGGCGUCAUGGCGCUCAGCACGCCAUCACUGGCCGUGACCCCCCCUCUGUCCCCGUCGGUGGCGUCCCCCCCUCCGAGGCGCCUCUCUCUUAAGAGGUUUUCCGUGUUCUCUCGUUUCCCAGAGUUCCGCUCUCCGUCGCACGGGGGCAACCUGAACCGCUCGGCGUCCAUCAGCUGUAGCGAGCGCGGCGGCGCUGCGGAGAGCGGCUCCAUAGGCGGCAGCAACAGUCAAAUCGCGGGAACUCCUUUCCAGUACGUGCCGGAUUUCUGCGUACGAGCGCUCAGCGACCUGCAGUUUGUCAAGAUCACGCGAGCGCAGUACCAGAACGGCGUGCUGGCGUCGCGUCUGGACAGCACACCGCAGUCCCCCGAGGGAAGUCUACAGCGUCUGGACACGGCGGUGCCUCCCGCCACGCCGUCGGGCGGGCGCCCCCUGUUGCCUCUCGCCACGCCGCCCAUCAAGCGUCUACCGUCCAACGCUCAGCCCAGCCGCACCGCUCAGCCGCCCCCCAGCGGCACUGCCGCCGGCGCCUUGGCGCAGCGCCCAAGCCAGUCGGCACCUCCAAGCAACCAGGUCGUCCCGGCGCAGGGCGGCGGUCUGCGCCAAACAACGCCGCCCGGGGACGUGGAGGGCAUCCCGGGCGAGACCGCCACGCUGCUGGGCGAGCAGCGUAACUGCGCGGACCCCCGGCGGCCCGGCCAGCCCCUCACGCACCCGCACGCGCAUACCGAGAGUACCAUUUGACACGCAUCACUUCCUGUUCCCCCGUGACGCGACCCAAGAAGAAUGCGAAGGAUCUGCAUGUCACCAUUGAUAAAUAAUGACCCAAUUACCACUUUCUCAUCUACUUUUUCCUUGGCGUUUCACCAACGGUGCUUUUCUGUGAGAAAACCACCAACAUGGACCAGGUGUCCCGAAGUCGACCCAUGACUUUACCAGAGGUAAUAAUCGUUAAUGAACAAUGACCCAGUAGACCCUUUCACACUAUCCAUCGAAUCUGUUUUUUUUUUUUUUUUUCCACUUCUUCCUGUCUGAGAGGCACCAAAACAGAAAGGCCGUGUCAACGUUGCCCCACAAAUUUUCUGGCUUCAGAAGUAAUAUUGGAUGUCACAAAGGGUGGGGUGGUGAGAACCAUCCAGCCCCUUUCACACCGCCCACCUAAUGUGUCUUUUUCCUGUCGCUGUUCUGUGUGAAAGACAUCAACACGGUACAGUGGAUGUGAAAGUCGAACUGGCUUCACAGGCGAUAUCUGAGUUGUAACAGAGAGGAAUAAUAACCCACUAACCCCCUUUCACGCUGACACCGAAAAUGGCUUUUUUCAUACUUUCCUUGUGUUAGAUGUUCAUUGUGAAAAGCAACAACAAAGAACUCCCCAGCUUCCAGGUAACCGAGUUGAAUGAAGGCCCCACUGACCCCUUUCACAUUGCCCAUGUAAGCGGGCUACUUUUUCCGGUGCCACUAGCCUGGGAGGAAGGUACUGAUGCGCUUUGCCAUGAUUUUGAUUGAUUCUGAGAUUGUUGCGGAGAAGAAGAGCAGGGGUGAAACAGCAGCUGUGUUCAGGAAAAGUCAGGGUUCGGGACACUUGACUUUUGGGGCAUUAUUCUGACAAAAGGUGUUUAUAUAAUAUUUAUUGGAUAGUUAUUUAUUUAUUUAUGUAUUUAUUUAGGACUCCGGUGAUCUUUGUUUUAUAUUGGGCGUGAGGUUGAUGGCCCGGCUGCUAUCUUGUUAGCAUCGUUAGCUCCUCCAUCACUGUGAUCUGAAAAACUGAUGUCACCGUAUUUCAACAAAAGGUGGUUGUCGAUGUUGCUGAGUCACAAGCUCACUUUAAGCAUAUUUGACCUCAUUUUUUUUUUCCAUACAAAAGUGAUCGUAGGAUGGCGAGUUAGCAUUAUGUUUUGCUAGCCUUUAAAUGUGACGCAGCAUCUAGCUCAGCGUUGCUGAGCAUCGUGGUCAUUGAAAAUGUAACGUCACAUACGCCAUUAUGGGCACACAUAUGUGUGCAGCCACUAAAAGGGAAUUUUUCUUUAAUGCUAAGGUUAGCAGGUUGGGCGGUGUACGAGUGGUUAGGGCAUCCACCUCAUUGUGCUGAGGUUCAAGGGUUCCAAUCAAAGCGUGUUCUACCAGUAGGGAAUUGAAUCCCUCAUUCCAGAAACAUAUUAGCUUCUUUGAAGAUUUUAAAUUAUUAUAAAUUGUCAAUGUCGUUUGUCUAUAUCCUAUAUGUGCCCCGCGAUUGACAUGAGACCAGUACUAGGGUACCUCUAGUUUCUCUGACCAAAUGUCAACUUGUUGGCGAAGUUAGCAUGCUAAGCUAAACGGCUAAUGUCAGCCGUGGCUUCAUGUUUAACUUGUGGCUAUGUCUUUUGAGACAGUUUCUGUGUAUUUAUUAACUGUGGAAGUUAGGAAUUCAGCACGUUUACACACAAAGACUAAUGGACAAACAUACCAUCGCAUGCCGUAUCAACCUUUAGCCUCAAUGCUAAGCUAAACUGUCAUUCGGGUAGAUUCAUUUACAUAUACACUCACUCGCACAUUCAUAGCGACACUGGAAAGAAUGCAAAUCAGCUAACAGAUGCUAACACUUCUAGCAUGUAAUCUUAUUUAUGAAACUAUGAUGUUGUAAAGGGAAAAAUAUUUAUUUAAAAUGGAAAAAAAUACAUAAGCUAGCACUUUACACUUGUGAGGCCUAAGACCAGUCUUACGUUUUUUUCAACUAGAAGAUUGCCGGGUUAGUGGGAAUUAUGCGUGUCCACACUGUAAAUAAGUAACAUCUGGAGCUUAGUUUUACCCGUCGCUUCACGUCGUUCAACGAAGAGAAAUAAUUGGUUCCAAAUAAAUAAUCACUUCCAACUAAUUCUGUGAAAUUGGCACAGUGGUUGGGAAGCACAAGUCUACGCUUUCCAUCCGCAGCAUGUAGCAUGUUUUGAUCCGUCAGUGGGAAUGUUGUUUUACAACGGUACUUGAACACAUCACAGCACCAUGAAAGCACAAUAUUCUUCUUGUACUGUUCGGGAAAUAAGCGUCGUCUUUGCUACUCUUGUUGGCUUUCGUUGGGCGGGACCUGGGAAGCACUCGUAGCCUUUUACCGUACGUGGCGGAACGAAGCCGCCUGUGGGUCCAUGUGUGUCGGUUUUGCAGGUUGGCUACUGUGCAAUGUAAAAAAAAAAACAAAAGAAAGAAAGAUACUUUAGCGACAUUAGUGUCCUCUAUUUAUUCUUGGUUAGUUUGCACUGAAUCAAAUUAUUUUUUGUGUAAAUAUCUGAGCAGAUGAUACUCAAAUAUAUAUAUACGUAUGUAUAGAAAAGAUGUGCUAUACAGUGAACCCCCGUUUAUCGUGGGGAAGACAUACCUGGUGAAAAUCCAAAUGAAAAGCCAAGCGUGCUUGCUUCAAACUGCUUAUUUGCCACUCCCACUUGAAGUUACCUUUUUAUAAUUCUCACAUAACAAAAAAAAAAAAAAAUCAAUCAUUGUACUGUAUAUCGAAAUACCCAAAUCUUCAAUCAAGACAUAAUGAUUGUCUGCCAGCUUAAUGCUAACAUAUAAUAAUCACCAUGUUGAUGUUAUGCUACUUCCAAACCAUCAAACAACUGCGAGUUUAAUGCACACGGAGCAGGAGCCCAUACAAACUGAUAGGCAAAAAAAAUAAUAAAUUCAAGGUUGUUUAUUGUGAUACCAAAAUGUUCAACCAAACUAUUUCAUCAAAUGAAAGUUUGCUAGCUUAAUGUUAGCCAUAUGCUGAACUCACACAUAAGGGGAAAAUGAAAUGAACAACAAAGUUACGGAAUUGUAAAUCUUUGAACAACUGCUACUUCACACACACACACACGGAGCAGCGAUACAUCCAAACAGUAAUAACUAGUAGUGAAGCUCAGGUUUAGUUUACUUCCUGUGUCUUCUUCUUGUUGUUAAUGAUGCUGGUUGUCUUCCAGUUGAGCUCAGUGCUGCCCGACAUCUUCUGGCACAAUGUGGUACUACACAAAAGUUUCAUAGCUCUUAACUGGGACUUGCCUGUAUAUCCCCAAAAGCCAUUAAAAAAAAUACUUCAAAAAUCUGCGAUAUAGUGGGGGUUCACUGUAUAGAAUCAACCUUUAUGCCAGAUUAUUAUGGGAUGUUCUCUGAGCAAUAAAUAGCACACAAGCUUUGACCUCAUACUCCCCACUCAUCCUAUGUAGCAUUUUGACAACCAAAGUUUUGAUUUCCUCCGCCGUCUUCCUCACGGUCCUUCUCCUCACAAAUAUUCAACUUCUUGCUUGAUCCUUCUUUCCUUGUGCACGUUUUGGCGGCUAUGGUGGGAGCACUCCAGUUGAACAACCUGUAAACUCUUUGUCCUCAUUAGUAAGAAUUCAGAAUGACUGUGUCUGACUAGUAACUUUUGGUCUACUGUUAUGCAAUAUAACUACUGCUGUGCUGCAGCAGUAACACUAGUAGGCACUAGUAUCUUAUUGGAUCUAGCGCUUCACUAGUAGCACGCUGUUUUCAACGAUUGCACGUUUCCCUCGCGACUAGGAUGCCAAAGUUGCUACUUGUGAGGACAAAGAGUUAAGUAUUUUGUGGACCUUAAGAUGGAUAGCAAGGAUAUGGAAUAAAUGUUCCAACGGGUUUCCAUAGACAUCACCAUCCUUCCUUGUGCAUCACUUUCUUGUAAUAUUGACAAAUUCACAAUGAUAAUUAGACCAAUGGAAUACUCUGUGUUGGACAGUGCAGUUAAGUCAAGUUUUGGAUGCAAAGGUCUUUUCGAAAGACACUUAUUAACACAUUUGACUUUGCUGGUGAAUAUUUAGCGUGUCUUAUGCAAUGUUUCAUGGCCGGGAGUGCGUGCAAUGUGUACAUUUGCUGUCCUGUUUUAUAAAAGGCAUCAGAAGAAUCUGUCACAGGUUCAUGAAUAAACAUGACUUCUAUUUCUCUACACAA